AAUAGUACAAUAUCAUGCUUUGUUGUUGUUCCUUAAUCCCCAUUCUUACGAUGUAACUUGCUUUCAAGUUUUAUUCUAGUGUUUGUGCAUAUACGACAACUUGCUUACUCUCUCUCUCUCUCUCUCUCUCGGCUUUCAGUUGGGUGCAGCUGACUAUAUUGCAGUUGCUGAAAGCUAUCACACUGUUUUCAUAUCUGAUAUUCCAGUGAUGAGUAUGCGCAUCCGUGACAAGGCAAGGAGAUUUAUAACCCUAAUUGACGAGUUGUACAAUCAUCAUUGCUGCCUUUGUUGCUUGGCAUCCUCCUCAAUUGAUGAAUUAUUUCAAGGAACUGAGGAUGGCACACUUUUUGACUUGGAGAGUUUCCAGUUUGAAACAGAGACCGAAAAUGCUAAACUUCGCCGUGAUGUCUUAGCAGAAGGCAAUGUGGGCUCAGGAGGUACUCCUGUUGGUAUCACAUCCAUAUUAUCCGGUCAAGAAGAGAUAUUUGCUUUUCAUAGAGCUGUUUCGCGCCUUGUAGAAAUGCAAACGCCAUUGUACUUGGAUGGAGUUCGCGAUGUGCACCCUUAUUUUCAGAGGCAACCUAGGAGAUCUCAAAAAUCUAGUGGCAGCUUACUCUCUGAGGCAUCAAUCUGAAAAUAAGAUUUUCAUUCUAUUUGUACCAAAAUAACUGUUUUCCAACGGCCUAAACUCUGCUUGUUAUUCCAAACAAGCAAAAGUAGGUGAGUGAUCUAGUUAGUGUGAUAAUAAUGUUCAUUCUUUAUUCCUUACAGCUAUAGGUUCUAAAUAAUGCAGCAAUGUAUAUGAUAAAUAUGUACUUUGAAAAGUCCAAAAUGUGCAAGUAAUGCUGAAGGAUAUUGAAUAUCAUCC